UUUGGGAUUCAAAUAUAAAAGUUUAAGAGUUCACCACAACACAACAAAAAAAACAACACACACAUCGCCUCUUUCAUUAAACAAUUCGAAAAUCACAAAAUAUUUCUGCUCUCUGUGUCAUUGUUUUCUCCGGCACAAAGAAGAGCACCUCUGCUCAGAUGCCAAUUUAAGGAAUGUUUUAGGUUCUUUGAGCUGCAUUUUCUAAUUCUAUGUUAUGAAAGUUUUCAUUUUGAUCCAUUUAUAAGCCCUUUCUAAGGUACCCUUUCCUUGUCAGGUUCUGAAAAUCCGAGAAAAUACAGUUCCAGUACACCUAAAUUUGUUUAUUCUCAGCCCAACAACCAAAAACUUAUUUUACUAAUUACCCAGGUCAUACAUUUCGAUUUGUUGAGCAAAUGCACUUCCUGUGACCUCAAAAAUUCAUAGAAUUUUUGCUUUAAGGGAAAGGGAAAAGGGUUCAUGCUCUUUUUCACUUUCUCAUUUGGAUCAUCACAGGAAUUGUUUUAUUUUGUCAAUUCUGAUCCGCACCAUUCCAAUUAGUGUAAUCAACUUCUUACCAAAAAUGUCUGAAUCCAAUCCAAACAUUCCCUUGAUUCCACAGCUGUCCUCGCGAAACCUCCCUGAUUUCAAACAAUCUGUGAAGCUGAAAUAUGUGAAACUUGGCUACCAUUACCUCAUCACCCAUGGAAUGUACCUGUUUUUGUCGCCUUUGGUUGUUCUAAUAGCAGCGCAACUCUCUACAUUCUCACUUCAAGAUGUCUAUGACCUAUGGAACCAACUCCAGUUCAAUCUCAUAUCUGUGAUACUUUGCUCAACUCUCCUUGUCUUUCUAUCAACCCUUUAUGUUCUUACUCGUCCCCGCCCAAUCUACCUUGUUGAUUUCUCGUGCUAUAAGCCAGAGGAUGCCCGGAAAUGCACAAGGCAGGUGUUCAUGAAUCGGUCCUGUUUGACAGGGACAUUCACUGAGGAAAACCUCGAGUUCCAACGGAAAAUUAUGGAGAGGUCAGGUCUUGGAGAGUCAACUUAUCUUCCUGAAGCGGUUUUGAGAAUUCCUCCAAACCCAUCAAUGGCAGAGGCAAGGAAAGAAGCUGAGAUGGUAAUGUUUGGUGCCCUUGAUCAGCUUUUUGAGAAAACACGUUUGAAACCGAAAGACAUUGGGAUUUUGAUCGUGAAUUGUAGCUUGUUUAAUCCAACACCAUCGCUCUCUGCCAUGAUCAUUAACCAUUACAAGCUUCGAGGGAAUAUCAUUAGUUAUAAUCUGGGUGGAAUGGGUUGUAGUGCUGGUUUGAUCUCAAUUGAUCUUGCUAAAGAUCUUCUUCAAGUUCAUCCCAAUUCGUAUGCUUUGGUGAUUAGCAUGGAGAAUAUCACUUUGAAUUGGUAUUUUGGGAAUGAUAGAUCGAUGCUUGUUUCGAAUUGUUUGUUUCGAAUGGGAGGGGCUGCAAUUUUGCUUACAAACAAGAGGUCUGAACAAUGUCGAUCCAAGUAUCGAUUAGUUCAUACAGUUCGUACCCACAAAGGAGCUGAUGAUAAGUGCUUCUCUUGUGUUACUCAACAAGAGGAUUCCACUGGGAGGAUUGGAGUUUCUUUGUCUAAGGAUCUAAUGGCAGUUGCUGGGGAUGCUUUAAAGACUAAUAUAACAACAUUGGGUCCUCUUGUGUUGCCUAUGUCUGAACAAUUGCUCUUCUUUGCUACGUUGGUUGGAAAGAAAAUUUUCAAGAUGAAAGUGAAGCCAUACAUCCCAGAUUUCAAACUGGCUUUUGAGCAUUUCUGCAUUCAUGCCGGAGGAAGAGCUGUGCUGGAUGAAUUGGAGAAGAACUUGCAGCUUUCGGAUUGGCAUAUGGAACCUUCAAGGAUGACACUCAACCGUUUUGGCAACACCUCAAGUAGCUCUCUUUGGUAUGAAUUGGCUUAUACAGAAGCCAAGGGGAGAGUGAAGAAGGGAGACAGAAUAUGGCAGAUAGCGUUUGGAUCCGGGUUCAAAUGUAACAGUGCAGUUUGGAAGUCUCUAAAGACUGUGAAUCCAGCAAAGGAGAACCCAUGGAUGGAUGAGAUUCAUCAGUUCCCAGUGAAUGUUCCUAAGAUCUCGACCAUCUGAAUGCGACGGUGACAGGUCCUCUGCUCUUUGAGUGGUGAAUCCUUCUUGUUUUUUUUGCUUCAAUGGGGAUCCAGAUUAUGGUUUUUUAUUUCUUAUUUUAGGUUGGAAAGGUGCUAGGACUGGUGUAUUUUCGUUUUCUAAAUCUUUCUUUUGGUUAGUUUCUAAUUGUAUGUUGUUAACCGUUACUGUUUGGUAGGAUAUUAAGAAUGUUUAUGAUUUUCUGUAAUGCUAGAUGGAGGUCAACUGAGCUCUCUAGUCAGAAACUGAGAUUUAACUGUGA